UAUAUAUAUAUAUAUAUAUAUAUUUUCAAUAAACUUUUUUAUAUUGAAAAAACCGCCUAAAAACACACUGAAAAGAGAUUCACAUCCUCAGUUCAAUGCCCAAAAGGAACGCAACAUUGGUGAAGAAGAAGAUAUACAAUCCGGCGAUUAUUCUGUUUGACGUCUCCGGUCAAUGCUUCCAAAGUAUGUAGCCCUUAGCACCUUACACUUCUUUAGUGUUUGUUUGUUUCUCUUCGAAGCAUUCCCCAUUUCCCAUGGAACCCUUUGUUUUGGUUUGCUGCUGCAUUUAGGCAUCUGUAUCGGUUAAUUGCAGAUUUGAAAUCUUGUUAGACCAAUACGUUUUUAAGAUCUGGGCUCGAUUAAUUUGUGGUUUUGAUUGAUAUGUCGAAUUCUGAUCGAUAUGGUACCCAGUCUCCUAAUUCAACAGCUAACCCUAAGUGUGAGAAAUCAGGAACGGAAGAAAUGAGUUCCAUUGAUAGGAUCAGCAACCUACCAGAUUCAAUUUUGCUGCAUAUUCUCUCAUUUCUUCCAACAAAAGCUGUUGCAGCAACUGGGGUCUUGUCAAAAAGAUGGAAACUUCUCUGGACUAGUUUCCCCUGCUUUGAUUUUGAUGACAGUGACUACAAAGCGGGCUUUAUUUCAGCUGUUAAUACGAUCAUGCUUCAACAUUAUUCUGGAUCCAUCCAGAAGUUUCGGAUCAAAUGUAAAACUUUUUACUGCGUUGAUGUUGAACCAUGGAUUAAAAAGGCAAUUCUCCGAAAUGUUCAAGAGCUAGAUCUCCAUUUCGAUUCAGUGACGAUGAUGUUUAAGUUGCCUCGAAACACUUUCACCAGUAAAACACUCGUGGUUCUCAAGUUGCGUUCUGAAGGGGUGACCAUCACUGUUCCCUGGGCAGCCUACAUGCCGAAUUUGAAAAUACUUGAACUUGAUUCGGUGCGAUAUCAGGAUGAUGAAUCACUGAGUGACCUGAUUUCUUGUUGUUUGGUGCUUGAAAGUUUGACUAUUCUGAGAUCCUGGAAUGAUAACGUGGGGAAGCUGCGUAUACAUUCUUCAACAUUGAAGUCUCUCAAAGUACACCCGGGCGGUGAAUAUUAUGAAGAUGAAAGAAACAGAGUGAUUAGAGACGAAGUUGCUCUAGAUAUAAACUCCCCUGUCCUCCAAUACCUUGAUAUCAAAGAUUGUUUCUCUGGUUCUUUGUUGAUUUCAAAUAUUGGCUCCUUGAAUAAUGCAAACCUUGAGGUGCACAAUUUUCUUUCUUGUCAGUCCCUCAUCAAGUGUUUUGAAGCAUUCCAAAAUGUCAAGUUCCUCUCUUUAGCUGGUGGUGUUUCACAAGAAAUCCUCAACUUGGAAUCCGGACUUCCAUCUUUGACUUUUUUGAAUUUAACCCAUUUAACUAUGGGGUUUAGAUGCGGAUGGCGGCCCAUGCUUCCUUACUUUCUUCAGUGGUUCGAGAAUUUGGAAGUUCUGAAACUAACAGAUGACAAGUAUUAUAGCGUCAUUGAUGAAAAUCAUUUGUGGAAUGAUCCGGCAAUUGUACCAAGAUGUUUGAUCUCGUGCCUUCGAAUCAUCUCGAUUGUGGUUUCCGGGGAAUCAGAUUGUGAACUUGGUAUGUUAAAGUAUAUGCUGAAGCAUGGAAAUGUAUUACAGGCAGUUGAGAUACAUGGUGCAGAUUGGUCGCAUGGCCAGCAGAAAUGCUGCAUCCAUGGUAUAGGUGAGGAAGCAUGUGUACUUGAGGGGAACUUUUUAAGGUCUGAGAGAUAUAACCGUAAACUUCAAACCAGAUUGAACCUUGCGGAUGUAAGGACUGAGGAUCAUGGAAGGGUGAGUAUUUGCUGAGUGCACAUUUUUGUUUAAGCCAUACGCAAUUUUUAUUUUUUUUUUCCUCAUGUGGCUAUUCCUGCAAACGCGUUGGCCCUAAAUCAGAGUCUUUUAUAUAGCACAAGUUACUGCCAGUCUGCUACUUUGUUUGUCUCUUCUAGCUCACUACACUUUAAGUUAGCAAGUAGCAAAGUUUCAAAGUUAAGAUUAUACUAACAUUUUAACGAGUCUUAUGCUCUAAUUAGAAGGAAAAAAAAAGGUGAAGCUCGCAUUGACUUGGAGUUGGAAGUUUUGUACUCCAAUUUGUACGUAGUUUCAUUGUCUUCCUACAGAGAAACUGAUGUUUGAUAAAAUGAAAUCGGAGUUCUCAAAAACUAGUCCAGUACUGAAACUCGUGAGGAACCGACAAAAUGUGCAGAC